AAAAUGGCGUCUUGUAAAUAAAUUGUAAACAAAAAUUGUCCUGUCACAAAUAGUCCUCAUAUUUCAUUCUUUUGUAAUAGAGAUCAAUUUGCUUUGAACGCUGUAAUCUCUAAUAUCGAUACUUCGUAUUGGGGUAAGACGAAAUGAAUAGUUUGGAAGAUCCCGAUCUCUCCCAACUCUCCGAACGCGAUUACUAUCAGGCAUCGUCCAGCUCACUAACGUUACUUGACUCUUCAGACGCCACGAGACGUCGAAGUUCAAACCGUUCGAUUAAACGAAAGAAAUUUGACGACGAAGUAGUCGGUUAUAGUCGUGGAUUGCCUGGAAUUUCUACCACUCCAAAAGUCACAGUAAAUAUCAUUCCAACUCGCAUAAGAACCACAUCAACACAUUCAGAUUUUACUCCAACAUCACCAGCAGUAACACAGUCACCACCAAUACCAGUCACUCCUAUACCACCUACACCUAUUACAACACCGAAACCAAAAGUAAAAUCAAUGCCGCGAUCAAUGGCAAGCUCAUAUCGGCGCAGUAAGAAAGGUAAACCAAAUAGUUUGGUUGCAACUAAAGAUCUUGGCAGAUGGAAACCAACUGAUGACUUGGCACUUAUCAUUGGUGUGCAACAAACGAACGACAUUAGAACUGUUCAUUUGGGUACCAAAUUUUCCUGCCGAUUUACCUUGCAAGAAUUGCAGCAGAGGUGGUAUGCUUUGUUGUAUGAUGAAGCAGUUUCAAGAGUCGCGGUUACUGCAAUGAGAAACUUGCAUCCAGAUAUGGUAGCAGCUGUGCAAGAUAGAGCAUUGUGGAGUAACCAAGAAGAACAAUUGCUUUAUACUAUAAAAUCAUCAGCAAAUCCAACAGUUAGUACCUUUGCUGAAAUGUUGGCACAACAUCCAGAAGUAUUCUACUCAGGUCGCACCGCAGUUGCUCUCCAGCGGCAUUGGAAUACAUUGAAAAUGUAUUCAUUACUACCGGAUCAAGUACGGCAGCCAUUGCACACAAACUACUCGACGAAACCGCCGUUGUAUUUCAGCGACACGGAAGAAAUGACUCAGGAUGCGGAUCUCAGCGAACCGGCCGAUGCGUGGCUUGACCGUGAGCUGCGUUUGCAACAGCGGAAGAAUGUCAAAGAAAUUCGGCAGCUCGAAAAUGAAAUAGGAAGGUGGAACGUACUAGUGGAUAACGUCACAGGUUCCUGUCCUGGCGAGAUGGAUGCUCAAACGUUGGCAGUGCUGCGUGGGCGUAUGGUCCGAUAUUUAAUGAGAAGUCGCGAAAUCACGAUCGGCCGUAAAGCAAAAGGACACAUGGUCGACAUUGACCUAACUUUAGAGGGACCGGCGCAUAAGAUAUCUCGUAGACAAGCCACCUUACGCUUAAGAAACACUGGGGAAUUUUACUUGUCAUCCGAAGGCAAGCGUCCCAUUUUCGUCGACGGGCGCCCAAUUUCCAACGGCAAUAAAGUGCGAUUAUUCGAUAAUGCAGUCGUGGAAAUCGCCUGUUUACGUUUCAUCUUCAGCAUCAAUCAGGACCUCAUCAGGGUAAUUCAUAACGAAGCCGUAAGACUGAACAUGCCAGCGUAAUUUGCAAAAACGUUUUUAAUUUAAGAGUAGUGAAACGUUACAAAAAUAUAGAAUAUAUGUUAUACCAUUAGGAGAAUAUGUAAUUCAUACCUGCCGAAAACAAUGAAUCUGGUAAUAGAAUAAAUCACGCGCAUGUUGAUACGGAUACAAA